CCUAAGUAGCAAUAACUCCAUUACUUGUAAUAUUGCAUGGCUGAUCAUUUCUUUAACGUUACCCCAAGCGACAAUCCUUCCCCUACAGAAAACUUCUCCCCCACUGGCUCUGCUUGUGGUAAUGUACUAUCACCUCGUAGGCAUCCGAAUUUUCGAGGAAUUCGGCAAAGGAACGGAAAAUGGGUGUCUGAAAUUCGCGAGCCUCGGAAAACUACGCGUAUUUGGCUAGGUACCUUCUCCACUCCUGAGAUGGCUGCUGCUGCGUAUGACGUUGCAGCUCUGGCAUUAAAAGGCCCUGAUGCGCCCUUAAAUUUCCCAGAUUCCGCUUACUCGUACCCCGUCCCGGCUUCUCUUUCGGCCGUGGACAUUCGUGCUGCUGCUGCUAGAGCACCUCCAAUUUCAGAAAGCAGUACUGAGGUGCUGCCUGAAACUAGAAAUUAUGAAGGCACUAUAGCAGCACAGGGACAAACUGAGUUUGUGGAUGAAGAGGAAAUUUUCGGAAUGCCGAAAUUGCUGGACGAAAUGGCAGAGGCAAUGCUUGUUAGCCCGCCAAGGAUGCAUCAGUCAACAUCUUACGAUGAAUCACCUGAAAAUUCUGAUGCAGAUAGUCUCUGGAGCUAUCCUUAAACUAUGGCCCCAAUGUACAGUCCAGAACUAGAAUAACGGAACCACUAUUACUACAAGUUAAGUGGGUUUUGCAUUUGGACUUUUUUUUUUCCCUCCCUUUGAGAAACAGUUUUUGGAAAGGACGUGCGUUUGGAUGUGAACAAGUAAGUACUUGUAUUUCUGUUUUCUUCCUUUCAGCAAAAAAGGAAGUUACUUUACUUUUAUUGAAAACACUGAGCUUUGACUUCUCAAAAAUCAAAAUUAUAAUUUUAGAAGUCAAGGGAAAUUGUUUUCAUGUUUUGAGUAACUUCUUCAAAAUGAAUACACCCAUAUAAACUUGGUGUAUGGACUCUCUCUAUAGUCUAUAGGUGAGAAGUCCCUUUUCUUGUAAUGUAGGAGUAAUUAAUUUUGAUGAAGUCUGUUGGGUAAACUUAAAACUGUACUAGUACGGAUGAAGCAGUAGUCAGAAAACAAUGUCUUCCAUCAAGAGAGCUUGCUAGCUAUUUCAAGUGUGGAGUAAUACUGUAAGAGUCAGAAUGCCUUUAAUAUAUUAAUAUAUCUAGUUUACCCGGAAAAAAAAAAACAAGAAUGCCUAUGUCUACAGCUGUGGGAAUUUCUUUGUUGUUGACAUAAUGAAUGAUAUGAUAGCUAUGUUAUUCAUUAAUAAUAUGAUAUCGC